AUGCGAGAUGGGUUCAGGGCAUCCGGUCCCUCUGGCACUUUUCAGACUCAACGUGGAUACGUGCAUCUUACCUACCUCAGGCAUCUGCUCUCACCUCAACGGAGUGAUGGAUGCGCCGACCUUGCAAUGUUCACCAAACACCCCAUGACUAGCAAAACAGUGGCAUUCGGGGAUAGAAGAAGUCAUUUCGUCCCAUCUCCAAAUACCUUUUCAGAGCUAGCACCAACUUACAAUCAAGAUCAAGAAACACAACCAAACAAGCCACCAGCCCUCCCGUACUACCUCGACCCUCAACCCUCACCCAAUAGCGCAGCGAUCGCAUCGCAACGGCGCCCCGUGCACCCCUACAUUCAUUGCCCCCAAAACAACAUUCCAGAGCGCGCAAGCGGCCGCGGUCUCAACAAUGAAACCCCUCGAUUCCCUUUAUUUGCAUCCCUCGAACUCCAUCCGCCAGCUUCAACUCCUCCCGUACACUCAAAAGACUGCCUGCCUCGUUAUCCGAGGGCCCGAGCUGCAGCGUACCGCAUCGCAAUACCCCAAUCCCAAUUCCCUCCACCACCUCCAUUUCCAAUCCCAAUCCCCACCACGCCUCCGAAAUGGCCAAACCCACCUCCACCACCCCCUCCCGCCCCCCCUCCACCCGCAUCAAAACCCUCGUCGCCGCCACCGCCCACCGCCGCGCCGCCGAAGCCAAAGCCGCCGCGCGCCGACGCCGUGCCCUCCAAGAAGAAAGAGGCACGCAAGGCCCUGAAGCCCAAGACCACCGGUGUCAAAAAGCGCAACGCCGCCAAGAAGAACGCCGCCACGCGCUCCCGCCGCAAGACGUCGUGGGACGACGCCGUCGUCCCGACCAAGACGGCGGCGCGGGUUACGGGCACGAGCAAAAGGGCGAGUGAAGCGAGGAAGGAGGGGUAUACGGUGCUACCGCCGACGCGGGUGGUGAAGCCCGGGGUGAAGAAGGGGGUGAAGAAAGAGAGUGAGGUUGCGAGUCGGAAGAGUUCGAAGGCGGAGGAGAUGUUGGAGCCGCCGGUUGCGAGUCGGAAGAGCUCGAAGGCUGAGGGGCCGGCAAGUCCGAAGAAGUCGCCGACGAAGAAGGCGUCAGUGGGAAGUGUAGGUAAGAAGGGUAGUCAUGGGAGUCCGGCGGGGGUGACGGCUCUUCCUCCUACUAGGUUUGGCGACCGAGUGGAGUUAGACGAUUAUACGACAUAUGGCGUGGGAGGGAAGCACGAUUAUGUUUAUUGA